AUGGUGUCGCGGGACACAUUCAGGGCCGUGCUGGAUCUCGGGUUGUGCCCGAAAGCUUGCCUCGAGAACAUCAGCGAGUUCGGCCCAGGCGUCGAGGUUGUCAGGAAGUACUGCGAGCAGUUUCCCCCAGACUGGGGGUCGCCUCUGUACGUCGAGCAGUUCGUGGAGCAUUUUCAGCAGGCAGACGACGAGGCCGUGCGCAUUUCUGGGAAGAAGAGCGCCUUGGCUCAUCAGGAGCACAGGCACGCGUCUUUCUCAGGACGGCAUUUCGUGGAGGGGCUCCCAGGUGACGCGGUCCAGCGCGAUCUCUUCGGGCCGCGAGGCACGGCGGAGCGGCUCGCGCCGUUUUUCGGCGCGCCAUCGGCAUUAGACGCGGAGAUGCCCAUGCAGGUUUACCGCGAGCUCGUUGCCGUCCCGGUCCAGCUGGCGCCGCCCCGCCGGGAUGGCGAUGAGCCUAGCAGGGUUUCCGACAAUUCUUACAAUUCCAUUGAUUUUCUCCGUUGUUUCUCGAACAUGACGAGCGUGUUCGACGCACCGCAAGCGCUUUUCUCGCAGAGGCUCUGGAACCAGAUGCUGCGCUGCCAGGCGAAGCCGUCCGAGACCAGGAAGUUCUUGGCAGAGGCCGGCUUGGGCAUGGAUGUCGCGAACGAGAUGAUCCAGUCGUCCCCGAUGAACUGGACGACGUUCCUGGUGUGCAUCUGCGAGGUCCGGCAGGCGACGGCGCUGGGGCCCGAGUUCCUGCAAGCCGCGGAGGGCUUGCAACAGCGACGGGACGUGCAGUUCGCCCUGCCUGGCCUCUGCUACUGCGUCCGCCUCGUGCGUCGGGUGGCCGCCCUGCUGCGCCUCCCCGCGCCGGUUGCCGGUUCGUCCGAGGCCGGCGCGGGCGGGCCGGCUAGCGGCGGCACUCUGGCGGCCGCGGCUCCGAUCUUGCCCGCGCGCAACGGCCUGCCCGCCGGAUCGCCCGAGGCCUGCGCGGCGGGGCCCGCCAGCGGCCGCGCCCCGGCAGUCGCGGCAACGGCGAUCUUUGCCCCGCGCUGCGGGCUGCUCAGCCGACGGCGCGCGGGGGCGACAGACGCGCAGGCGCGGCCGAGCCCGGCCCGGGGCGGGCGCUGCGAGGCAGGCGAGGGGCCCGAGGCCCGCGAGGCCGACGAUAAGGUGAGGGAGCAAGUCCUGGCGGCCAGGGACCUCCUGUCAAGGUCAGCGCGGGCGCAGAUGGCCAUGCAGGACAUGAUCGACCGACCUGGCAUGCCCAGGGCCCUGUUCGAGCCGAUUCUCGCGCCCGCCAUGGGCGACCAAGAGGGCGACCGACGAACGGCGCUGGCGGCGCUGACGGUGCUGGAUGGAAUUUCGUCCGAUGGCGAUGUGCUCAGGGCGCAGCAGCGCCGGCUGCUGGGGAGGCCCGCGAACGCAGCAGCUGCGAGCUCCGCGCUGGGACAGCCGCCCGCCAUUAAGCAGGGGCUCCCCGAGCCUGGGCCCGUCGCCCAGGGCCAGGCGUCCGCUGCGCAGGGGCCAGCACCCGCGGCGCUGGCGGCGAAGCAGGAGCAGUGCACGGCGUUGCCUGUGAAGCAGGAGCAGCCGCCAGCUCGCCGGCGUCGCGGAUGGCACGCGGGCCAGCGCGAGAGGCCGCGAGGCUACGCCCCGGAACGUUUCCGGGGGCUCCGUCAGGACAAGGCGGAGCGCGCCGCAAGCAGGGGCGGCCAAUGCCGGGCGUGCAAGCGCUGCUGUCGGGCCCGCCUCGUGCCGGCCGCGGCCAUCAAGUGCGCCAGGGCCCGCCCAGAGCAGCAGCGCUGCGGUUUCCCUGCGAGGUCUGGCCCGUUCAAGUGCAACGCGGUCUGGACACUGUCCAGUUGGGCGCGCAUGGAGAGCGUGAGCCCAGGCGCCGUGGAGUCGCGGAACUCUCUGGUGCAGGAGGCGUACACGUCGGCCAUGGAACAGGUGCCCGCCCCGCAGUCCAAGCGCGAAUGGGUUGCAUUCUGGGCGACCCACAGGGAGAAGCUGCGCUUGGGGAGAUGCGAGCGGGAGUGGGUCUAG